CCCGGGUCCUCGCCGCGGCAAGGUGACCGUGGCUGCCGCCUGGCCUGAGCAGGCGUCGGGCCAGGGGGCUGCCACGUCCUUAGGACGGCGGUGAGAGCCCUGCAGGUUGCUAGUGCUCGGCCAUGCGUCGUGCGGCCCCGCCGGCGGGGCUGGAGCAGAGGACGGCCAGGCGCAGGGCGCACAGGCGCGCGCGGGGCAGGCGCGGAGGCGGAAGUGAGGGCACGGCCUGGCCAGCCGUCUAGGAAGCCGCCGCUGGUCGCCCAGCGGGAGCAUUCGGAGCCCCGCCGAACCGUCGCGAUUGGGCUUCGGAUGCCGGCGCGAUGCCUCUGUUCACAGCCAACCCGUUCGAGCAAGACGUGGAAAAAGCCACAAAUGAGUACAAUACCACAGAAGACUGGAGUCUGAUUAUGGACAUCUGUGACAGGGUUGGAAGCACUCCCAAUGGAGCAAAAGAUUGCCUAAAAGCCAUAAUGAAACGGGUAAACCAUAAGGUCCCUCAUGUUGCUCUGCAGGCAUUAACUCUUCUUGGGGCUUGUGUGGCAAACUGUGGAAAGAUAUUUCAUUUAGAAGUAUGUUCCCGUGAUUUUGCAACGGAAGUACGUGCUGUGAUAAAAAAUAAGGCCCAUCCUAAAGUAUGUGAAAAACUGAAAUCUCUAAUGGUGGAAUGGUCAGAAGAAUUCCAGAAGGACCCCCAGUGUAGUCUGAUAUCUGCAACUAUUAAAUCUAUGAAAGAAGAAGGAGUUACUUUUCCUUCAGGAGGUUCGCAGACUGUCUCAGCUGCUGCCAAAAAUGGUACAUCAUUGAACAAAAACAAAGAAGAUGAGGACAUAGCCAAAGCUAUUGAAUUAUCAUUGCAAGAGCAAAAGCAGCAGCACACAGAGACAAAGCCUUUGUGCCCCCCUGCAGACAUCCAGUUAAAUAAUAAGGCUGCUCGGAGAGUCAGAGCUUUAUAUGACUUUGAAGCUGUUGAGGACAAUGAACUUACCUUUCAACAUGGUGAAAUCAUUACUGUUUUGGAUGACAGUGAUGCCAACUGGUGGAAAGGAGAAAGUCACAGAGGAAUAGGACUCUUCCCCUCGAAUUUUGUCACGACUAACUUAAACAUAGAGUCUGAGACAGCAACGGUGGACAAAUUGAAUGUAAAUGAUGAUGAAGUGGAGGAAACUAAGAAAUCAGAGCCUGAGCCUGUUUAUAUAGAUGAGGAAAAAAUGGAUAGAGCCCUGCAAAUUCUCCAGAGCAUAGAUCCGAAGGAUUCAGAACCCGACUCCCAAGAUCUCUUGGACUUAGAAGAUAUUUGCCAACAGAUGGGUCCAAUGAUAGAUGAAAAACUUGAAGAGAUUGAUAGGCGGCAUUCAGAACUGUCUGAGUUGAAUGUAAAGGUCUUGGAAGCACUGGACCUGUAUAACAAAUUGGUGAAUGAAGUGCCUGUUUAUUCAGUCUAUUCAAAACUUCAUCCAGCCCAUUACUCAUCUCCGUCAGCUGGGGUUCCAGUACAGACAUAUGCAGUUCCGUCGCAUGGUGGAAACUACCUGGGUCAUAACGUUCACCAAGUAUCUGUUGCCCAGAGCUAUGGCCUAGGACCUGAUCCUAUGGGCUCUUUGAGAUCUCUGCCUCCAAAUAUGAACUCCUCAGUAACAACACACGCUGUCCAAACUCCAUAUUUAAGCACUGCACAGGACACGGUUUCCAAUCCUUCUUACAUGAACCAGAGCUCUCAUCUUCAGUCAGCUGCUGGUCCAGCUGCUUACACACGGCCUGUGGGGAUGUCAGCAGAUGUGUCUUCUUACCAGCACACGACAUCCAGUUUGCCACAGCUGGCUGGCUUUCCAGUGGCAGUUCCUGCGCCUCCAGCCACACAGCCACCAACAAGUUACCACCAGCAGCCUCUCCUUUAGAGACACGCCACAGCUGUUGGAAGUCCCUGUAGGCCUGUCACUCAAUCUGGGGGUUCUGAUCUGGAAUAUUCAAACUCCCCUCUCAAUCAAAAAGAACCAGGAAUAAUAAAGCACAAAACCCCACCUUACCCUGAAGGCCAUAAAAGGGUUGUUUCUCAGUCCAGUUCGCGCGAAGCUCAUCUUUUGAUCAGAGGCCCCUUGAAGAUGUUUCAGUUAAUUUUGUACUUUCUGGGCCCUCGAUGAGCGGCCUUAAAACACUACAAUGGUAUAAGAUAGGAGUGUCAGAAUCUUCCUUUAAGGAAACCAUUGUUUCCUCUAAGAUAAUGAUUUUUGAGGAGCACUGAAGACCUUUAAGCAUUUUUGUCUGCAUUUUUUUCAAAUUUCCCCCACCCUAUUAUUUUAAAAGAUGAACAUCUUUUAGUGUAAGCCUUAAGCUUGCCAGUGUAUUUCCUUCUGGAUCCUUAAAUUGCAGUUGUGUUUGCAGUUCUGUCAGUUUUGCUCCUAGUGUUAUGCUGAGUAAUAAUUAGCAUAUAGUUGUGUACAGAAAGAAGCAAGAGCAGUUGGGAAGGAACAAAAGUAUUUUCUGUUAACAGUGAAAGCCAUGUAAAUGCAAAUGUGGUGAAGCAGUUAGCCAGUCCUGUGACAGUAGUGGGCCUGGGAACGCCCCACACAAUGCUAGCCUUUCCUGAGGAAAAGAUCUGUCCCUUUUUAGAAUUGCCACUGUUGACCUUUUCAAGUGACUUUGGCCUUGUCUAAUGAAGGUGCUGUCCUUUGGCUUCCCUUCCUGCCAAGUCCUCAGAGACUGCACUGCCUUCUUAGGGAUUAUCAGUGAAGUUGAGCCAGGAGACUGUCUUCAUAAUCAGAUGUGAUAGAAACCGUCAUGGGAUGUGAAGAGUGAGGUGGGCAUGUUACUUUCUUACAGAAGUGAUUGACAUUCCAGUGGUAAGCUGUCAUCAUGCCAAGCUGUUGAAAGAAUUGUGCAUUCCCUCAGAAGUAACCUCUAGCCUAUGCAGUAGCAGCAGCAGGCAGUGAUUUGAUAGAAAGGGCAUGACUGACAGGGCAAGACUGACCAGGCUGUCUUUCUGAAGUCACGUUUUAAAUCAGUUCAUAGUUCAAGAUCCCACAUACUGUAGGAGCUGGUGAUAAACCAGUAGGAUUUAUUUCCCCAAAAACUUUGCACACAAUUUUUUACAUAACAACAAACUAGAAAACAUAGAUGCACAUGUUUCAGAUAUAUGAUAUUUAGAUCAUGAUGAUGUUCCAAGCUUAAUUUUUUAAAAAGUAAAAUUUUGCAUGAAUGCACUUCUAUAUAUAUUUUUAAGCACUUAAUCUUUCUAUUAAAAAUCCAUUGGAAGACAAUUUGGAAAUUUUGUCAUUUAUCUAUUUACAGAUAUUUGAUUACAAGUAUGUUCUUUUUUCAAAGAAACUUUGUCCUAGAACACACUACUGCAUCAAAUGACCCACACUGAAGAGAGCAAGCAGUCAGUGCCUGCAAGCCUGUGUUCUGUGUGUGAUGUCAGUACCAGAGACUGGAAAGUGUUUCAGCCUUUACCCAAGCCCCAUGUUCUGUUUUUCAUGUAACAUUUCAUUUCAGUGAAUUCACUUAUAUACUUACAAAAAUGUACUGCAACACGGCACCUUACGUUUUUGGAAAAAAUCUGUUCUUUAAAAAUUAGGGAAAUAAAUGUAAAAGUAUCCAGAGCUGCUCAUGAAAACGUUUGCAUAUAUGGGCAUAUUUAACCUUUCUCUUCUGGACUAUAUUUAAUAACGCUCAUCUUAAUGUUUGUGCAUUUAAUGUUUGGUUCUUGUCUAAAUUAUAAAGGCUUUAUUCAGUAGAAGCCUUUAAGUCAGUGUAAAUACUGCAUUCUCACUAAAUGGGGACCAGCCAGUAAAGUUCAGCUGUUUUGAAUAAUAAGACAUGCAACAUGAUCUGUAUAUAAAUAGUAUAUAUUGGUGUCUGUGAAGUUUAAUAUAUGCAGAAGUUUCUCCUCAAAACGAUUUUAUUUUUUCCACUCAUAAAUUUGUGUUGUAGAGUUAUUGAUAGCAUAAAAUGAUAUUAAAUCUGUAUUGAUCUGGUUUCAGUAUUAAUACAAAAUGUAAAGAUAUAUUUUUUCUUCCCAUGAUCCUAUGAGCUAUGCUUAUUUUAAGAUGUUUGUAGUUAUUUAUUUUCUGCCAAAGGAAUAGUCCGCCUUCAGAUUUCUACAUUGGGUUCAUAUUUAAUGUUUUCUAACAAAAAAAUAAUUUCAUUUUUCACAUAAAUCUUGAUAUACUAGAAAAAUCCUUAAAAUAGAAUUUUGUGAUAUAAAACAUCCUCCGAAUGUUAAAGUGGAAUAUGUUUGAAAAAUGAACAGUCAGCCAGUGUUUUGUAUUUGGUAAUUUGUUUACAAAAUUACCUCCACAUUAUCUUUUUACUUAGCAUCUAAAGAUGUAUUUCCAUUAUGGUAUUUCAAGUACUUGAUAUUUGACUAAUGAUUGUACUGUACACUGAAGAUGAUAAUAAAGUUUCAUCCACAUUUUGAAAAUAA